UAAGAGCGAGGCCGGGACUGCGCGUGGGACCAGCCGGGGCCCGGCGGGGUGGUGCGAUGAGCGGUUGGAUGGCGAGGGGCCGAGCGCGACGGACUGCGGCCCUGGGCCUGGCGCUGCGGGUACUGCUGGGCUUCGGGCUGGGCCUGGAGGCCGCCCCGACCUCUAUUCCGACCUGGUCUCCGACCCCGGCCCCAGGCCCCAGCUCAGGCUCGUGCCCGCCCACCAACUUCCAGUGCAAGAGCGAUGGCCACUGCGUGCCCCUCACCUGGCGCUGCGACGUUGACCGGGACUGCCAAGAUGGCAGUGAUGAGGAGGAGUGCAGUAUUGAGCCGUGUGCCCAGGACGGGCAGUGUCCGCCACCCACUGGCAGCCUCUGCUCUUGUGACGGCAUCGAUGGCUGCCCUGAUGGCAUCAACAAGGAUGUUGUCAACUGCGGGCGCCAGCCCUGCCCGGAGGGGGAGCUGCGCUGCCGGCUGGGCGGUCUCUGUAUCCCACGCACAUGGCUCUGCGAUGGCCACCCGGACUGUUCCGACUCCAGCGAUGAGCUGGGCUGUGGAACCAGGACCCUCCAGGAAGGGAGUGCCACGUCCAUGGGGACCCCUGUGACCCUGGAGAGUGUCACUUAUCUCAGGAAUGCCACAGUCACCUCUGUCAGGGACGGGGACUCAGUUCAGUCUGGAAACCGAAGUGCCUAUGGGAUUAUUGCAGCCGCUGUGGUGCUAAGUGUGGGUCUGGCCGCCGCCAUCCUCUUCAUGUUGUCACGGCUCUGUGCCCAGGGACGCCUGUCCCCACUGGGGCUGCUGAAGGGGUCUCUCCCGUCAGAGAGGAUGGCCUCUGUGCUCUGAGGACGAGCUCUUGCUACCACGUCACAUGGUCCCUGAGUAUGGCUGGUAUGGAGACCCACAGGAGGCUGGUGGUACGCCAGCCCCCAGACCAGGGUUCUUCUGGCCAUGCAGCACUGAGUCCCUGCGCUCCUGCA